AAUAUAAACUUCAUUUUAAUACACUACAUGGAGAAUUUCAAUUUUAAUGAUAAAUUAUAUGGGAACUGUACUACUACAAUUUGUAAUUUCCCACAGUUAACGAGCACUUGAUUGCAAAGGAGAGAAUGAAGUUUCAAUUGCCGAAGGAGACCAUUAAUGACUUAAUGUGCAGAAUAAGAACACAACACUAGGAUUUGCUGAAUUCACUCGAGUAUGGCUUCAAUAUUUUCCUGAAAUCUCUUGGACUCUGUAGGAUACCUAAAUCCAAAGAAAAUAGUAUUUGUACAACUCCACCAAUCCACUUCUAGAAAUAUGACUCUAUUUGCAAGUAUCACAAAUAAACUAGUCAACAGGUAAGCACAAAACUAAAAACCCAACUCAAUUGUCAUACGUUAUUAUUGCAGAAAGUACCCUGACAAGAACAGAACAAAGAAGAACAAUAAGCUCCCAUAUAUCAAAAUAGCCUUUUGCCCAGAAGUGAGUGAGUUUCCUCCAAGCCCAUAUUGCUGGUUCUGUGCAAAACCAGCUAUCUCUACACUCUUACUCUCAAAGAAAGUCUUUGCAGCCCCACAAGUAGGACAGCUCCAGUCCUCAGGCAAUUUGUCAAAUUGUAAUCCUGGUGGAAUUGGAUAUAAUGGGUCGCCAAUAGUCUAAUCAUAUUUGUAUCCACAAGAUCUGCAGUCAUAGAUCCCAGUAUUCAACACUGCAAACUUCUCUUCCAACCUCCGCUUGUCAAAUGUCGGUUCCAAAUCUUGAGGGGGGUGAUUCUGCUGCAGGAGGUGAUUCUGGUGGCGUUGGUGGAGGAUUACUUGCUUGGUUUGAAGUGGGUGGUUUGUCUUCUUUAGAGACAUCAACUGAGCGAAUAGUGAAACCUUUUGAGGUUUUUGGAGAGAGAUGAAUGAUAAUUUGCAAUAAUGAGUAGUGGGUUUUUUGGGAGGGAAGGGAAGUGGGAAAGGUGGAAAGAGAAAGUGGGUCUUGUAGUUGCAGAAGCCAUCAAUGGCAUUAGUAUUUAAUGGCUCCUUUUUACACCCUUUUAUGAGCUAUACAAACCAUGUUAGAGUGUGCUUGUUGUGAUGAGUUUCUGGGUAAAGGAGAAAGAACUGGGAUCCAUGGAGAAGGAAGGGCAUAUGCUGUCUUUGAAAGGGAGGUGGAUAAGGUGCCAAAUUUUGCAACGUCAGCUACGUAGAUGGGCCAGUGGGCUGCGGGCAUGGACUUUGUCUUGGGUUUCGUCAAGUUGGAACGUAAGCAAAAGAAAAAUGAGAAAAAUCCGUUCCCAGCUAACCUAGUCUAAAAUAUGUGGAUCUGUACAAGGACAAGUAAACGACAUGUAGUUUAAGCGAACGAAAAGGACUUCUUCUUGUUUGACUAUAACACGGCAACGGGUAAUUGAAGAUCGUAAGAAGGUAAGAGCCAUUGGCUACCGGAAUCAGCGGAAUCUUGCAAAAUUGGAAUGAGUUUGAAAACACGCGCAAUGAGAGAGCGUGGAUCGACGAAACGCUCCACCACCCAACCCACCCAACGAAUCCUCGUGAGGCGGUAACGCACCCGCCCUACGCUAGCCCCUUUAGACCCACGCCCCCACCCCCCAACCAAAUUAACCCUUCUCUCCCCUCCUUUUUCUCUCUCUUGACUUUUUUCAUGGCCUCCGAGCAGGACGACACGGUUUUUGGCCACGACCUCGACGAUGACGACGACGAAUCCUCUCAGUCCCAAGAUGACGAUGACGAUCUUGAGAACGACGAUGUCAUGGUUGAAAACGACGACGUUCUAGCCGACGAGGAAGACGAAGAAGACCUCAACUCUGUCUCUCCUUCUAUCUCCUCCCCUGCUACUGUCCCUGUCGCCGUCCCCUCCGCCUCUGCCGUCACCAUCGCUGUCCCCAACGGCGUUGACCCCCCCUGUGCUUCCGUUCAGGCUGCUUCUGACCCCAAGCGUCAACGCGUUGAGACGACGCUGGUUAUCCACCAGCAAGAAGAGAAAAAGCCACAACCACAACAAAUGGAUGAAUCGAGACGGCUGUUUCAACGAUUAUGGACUGACGAAGACGAAAUCGAGCUCCUCCAAGGGUUUCUUGAUUACACGACGCAGCGAGGAAGCAAUCACCACGACACUGCUUUGUUCUACGACCAAAUCAAAUCGAAGCUCCAGCUCGAUUUCAACAAGAACCAGCUGGUUGAAAAACUACGCCGUUUAAAGAAGAAGUACCGCAAUGUCCUUAACAAAAUCAGCUCAGGUAAGGACUUUACUUUUAAGAGCCCUCAUGAUCAGGCCACUUUCGAGAUUUCUCGUAAGAUCUGGAGCUCUACCGGUCAAAUCGGUGUUGUAGAUGGUAGUUUGGAUGAUGAGGAAGGAAACCCUAACCCUAACCACCCUAAUUUCAACGAUGGUGAAGUUAAAAUCGAGGAUCAGAAGCCCACUCCCAGGUCACGUAAACGUUCGCGUUCCCGGCCAUCUGCUGCAGCUCCUUCCGGCGUUAAAGUUGACGAUAACCGUGUCUCAAGUGAAGCUUUUGUGGUUAAUAAUGAUAGUAACAAUAAUAACAUCACUAAUAAUAAUACCAGUCUAAAUGUUUCGGUUGUGAUUGAGGAGACGGUGAGGAGUUGCUUGUCGCCCUUGUUUAAGGAGCUGUUGAGUAAUGUAUUGGCUGCAGGGCCUUGCAGUGGGAGAGGGAUUGGUGGGUUGGCGAUGAAUGCAAUGCCGUUGACUUUUGGAGGAGGAGAGAUGAUGGUAGAUGGUAAAUGGAGGAAGCAGCAGAUAUUGGAGUUGGAGGUGUACUCCAAGAGGUUGGAGUUGGUUCAGGACCAGAUUAGAGCACAAUUGGAGGAGUUGCGGUCCAUGGGUGGAUAGCUGAUGAUGGAUUUUUGGAGUAAGUUUUCAUCUCACAAACAAGAGUUCUUCUUGGACAUUGAUGCUCCUUAGGGGAGUAACUGCAUUUUUUUUGGGGGGUGGGCCCGUAGGGGGAACUUGGUUGUUAUCUUUGUCUUUUUGUUUAUGAUAUAAUAGUUGUUGAAUAAUGAUUUACUAAUUUAUUUAGCAGUGGAUAGUUUGUUCUACCUGUAGAUAUGGGUUGAUGCAUAGAUUGGAACGACUCUUAGAAUAAAGACACAGUUUUUAUCUCAAUACAAGCAUUUAUUUAUUCCCAA